UGCAAUGGUUUUGCCUCCGCUUUGACCGAGUGAGCAGUGAGAAAGAAAUGGCUCCAGGCAUCAAGACCGUGUUUUGUGUGUGUUUCUUCCUUGUAUUGUCUGGGGAAGACAGUCUCCAGAUUGCAAGCACAGACAUCUUCAAGAGUCAUGGAGGAGCAAAAGACAAUCCAUUAAUGCAAUAUGUCCUUAAUAAUUCACUGAGGGAGCAUCCAGUAUUAGAGAAACUCAGACUCAGAACGCUCAAAGACCGCUGGUACUUCAUCAUGGUGGCUGCGGAGCAAGCUCAGCUGAUGGCCAACCUGGCAAGAGCAAUCAAAGCUAAAAAGGCCAUUGAAAUAGGAAUGUACACAGGCUACAAUGCUCUUAGCCUGGCACUGGCUUUACCAGAUGAUGGUCGUGUGGUGGCUUGUGAGGUUGUUGAAAACUACACCAAAAUCGCUGAGCCCUUCUUUAAAGAGGCUGGUGUCGAGCAUAAAAUGGACGUCCACCUACAACCAGCCCUGAAAACGCUUGAUGAUCUCCUUGCUGCUGGGGAAGCGGAAACCUUUGACUUUGUCUUCAUUGACGCAGACAAGAAGAAUUAUGACAACUACUAUGAGAAGUCCCUUCAGCUUAUAAGAAAGGGAGGCAUCAUUGCCAUUGACAAUGUUUUGUGGAGUGGGAAGGUCGUGAACCCACCAGAGGGUGACCUGUCCACCCAGAGCAUCGACCAGCUGAAUAAGAAACUUCACAAAGAUGACAGGAUCGAUCUGAGCAUGCUCACUGUGGGGGAUGGCCUGACACUGGCAUUUAAACGCUGAUUAACAGCAGUAAUGCUAAAUAGCCAUAGAAUUAGAUGUCACUUCAUAUCCUUGUGGCAUGACUAGACAGUUACAUAUGUGUUCCUGUAGUAACACUGUUCACAAUACAUACAAUAAUUACGGUAUUGGACCAAAUAUAAGGUUGCUCUGAUUAGAAGCCCACCACUCGUUUCAAAGGAGGGAAUUUAUGAUACCCAAAACAUUUUCCAAUUCUAGCAGUCAGCGGGGACCAUUGGAGCUUUUUUUUUUGUACACUAACAAGUUUUGAAAUCUGGUAUGCCACCAACAGCUUUUUACAUGUAUCACAAAAAACAAAAAUAGAAUUGUAAUUUGUAAAAAUAUAGGCUGCUACCUUGGUCAGCUAGAACCCUGUGCAUUUCUAAAGUAUAGUUUAAAGUGAUAUAUUUGUGUGAUUGUGAUUAUUAUUAAUAAUGUCUGUGGGAAGAUUUUUUCCCAUAUAGAGGUUGUUUCCUCCUUUCUCACGACAUGAGUCAUAUAAUGUUAAUGUCGUACUUAAUAAUAUCGGUCAAGUGCAUGAAGUAAAAAGGAAGAAAUUA